AUGCCAACUGAAGGUGCCAAUUUGGAAAGUUUGUUGGAACGAGUCAUUCAAAUGAACAUGGUUAUCAUCGAAGAAAUGCAGGAACAAAGAAAACAAAUACAUGCUCAACAGUCACUAAUUUUAGCACAAUCGCCUCCACAAUCGUCAACAACAAUAACAACCGAUUCAUCGAUCGCUACAUCAUCACAAUUCGUCAACAAGAUCAAUACCAAACCGAAGGAAUACAAUGGAACCAGCGAAGAAAAUGUUAUUACUUGGAUAACAACAUUAGACGAAAUUAUGGCAAAUCGGUUAAUUAACGACGAUGAUAAAAUCUCACUCGCUGUCAGUUGGUUAGGUGGUACAGCUUUACAAUGGUUCGUGAAUUUAAAAUUGAAAAAUCAAAGACCAUCAUCAUGGAACGAAUUUAAAAAUAAAUUGAAAUCUCAAUUUCAACCAAUUGAUUUUCAAGAACAGCUUCGACAACAAUUAUUGAAAUUACGUCAAAAACAAUCACUUCAAGAUUAUAUUCAUUUAUUUCGAAGUAUUGUUGGUCAAGUGACUGAUAUGGACGAGUUAACACAAGUUAUGCUGUUUGUUAAUGGUUUAUCUAUCAAUACAAGUUUAUAUGUACGAUCAAAACAUCCACAAACCGUCGAAGACGCCAUACGUGAAGCAACUACAUAUGACAAUGUUAUGACUAUUAGUAAAAAUAAUAAUAGUAAAUAUAAUCCAUUUCUGGAAGCAUCUGUUAAUGUCGAAUUGAAUGCCACCAGUACCCGACAACAACAACGUUAUAUGGCACCAUUUAAUUCAACUGCAACAAAAGAUGAUUGUUUUAAAUUUGGCUUAUGUUUUUAUUGUAAGGAACCAGGUCAUCGUGCGUUGAAGUGUCCAAAACGACCACAACAACAUACAAUAGCAUCAUUUAAUCAAAAAAACGACCAGUGUUUUCCAGAUGUUCACGAUGUUACUGAAUCGAAUCAAGUUGAUUCGAUUGAAAAAGAUGUUGUUCAUGAUAGAACAAUACCCGAUAAUGCUGAUAAUGAUAUUGAUCCACUUCGUGAAAUUAUGUCGAUGCUGACAACACAAGAAUUCAAUACAUCAGAAUUGUUAUUUUUAGAAGGAAAUGUUAACGGUUAUGAUGCCCGUAUACUAAUUGAUUGUGGUGCAUCACAUAAUUUUAUAUCUGAGAAUUUUAUUAAAUUUCAUAAUCUACAAACUAGUGGUAUUCCACGUGUUUCCGUUACUGUUGCAAACGGAAUCAAAUCAUACAUUGAUCAAGAAUUAAUGAAUUUUGAAUUAAAACUAGAUGAAUUCAACGAAAAAAUAACAUCAGCUUAUGUUUUUCCAAUUAAUUCUGAAACAAAUUAUGAUAUGAUUUUAGGUCUACCUUGGUUGUUUAAAAAUAAUCCUCGUAUAGAUUGGAAAACACGAAUUAUUACGAUUAACACAAAUGAUCGAAAAUAUUUUCUUAAGGCAUCAAAUUUAUGCAAUAAAAUUAUCAAUGAUACAUGUGUUGAUACUGUAGAAUGUACUGAUAAUAUUUUAAUUAAUGCAAAGCAAUUAUCAAGGUGUAGAAAGGUUUACUUGGUGACAAUUAAACAAACACCCAAUUGUUAUAUUAAUACAACUUCAUCAAUCGAUACAAAAAUAGAUCAAUUACUUGAAGAAUUUAACGACAUAUUUCCUGAUGAUUUAAGUGAAUUACCACCGAAACGUGAUAUUGAUCAUGAAAUUAAAAUAUUUGAUAAUAUAACACCACCAUCACAACAGCCAUAUCGAAUGUCACAACCAGAAUUAGCUGAAUUAAAACGCCAAUUAGAGAUUUUAUUAGAAAAGGGUUUUAUUCGUGUAAGCAAAUCACCAUAUGCUGCUCCGGUUUUAUUUGCAAAGAAAAAGGAUGGUACAUUACGUAUGUGUGUUGACUAUCGUGCAUUAAACAAACUUACAAUCAAAAAUAAAUAUCCUAUUCCACGUAUAGAUGAAAUGUUAGAUCAACUCAAUGGUGCAAAAAUCUUUUCACGACUUGAUUUAAAAGCUGGUUAUCAUCAAAUUAGAAUCAAAGACGAUGAUAUCGAGAAAACUGCAUUUCGAACACGUUAUGGUUCAUUUGAGUUUGUUGUAUUACCGUUCGGCUUAACAAAUGCACCACCAACUUUUAUGAGAUUAAUGAAUUCUAUAUUUCAUCAUUAUCUUGACAAAUUCGUUAUAAUAUAUCUUGAUGAUAUUUUAAUUUAUAGUAAAAACGAAAAUGAUCAUUUAAAUCACAUUAGAUUAGUAUUACAAUUAUUACGUGAUAAUCAAUUAUAUGCUAAUAGAACAAAAUGUGAAUUUAAUGUUGAUCAGAUUAAUUUUCUCGGUCAUGUUAUAACAUCAAAUGGUAUUAAAGCCGACGAAAGUAAAGUUAUUGCUGUUAAGAACUGGCCAAUUCCACGUAAUUCAACAAAUGUACGAUCUUUCCUUGGUGCUGCAGGUUUUUAUCGGCGAUUCAUUCCGAAUUUCAGCGAACUAGCGUCGCCGUUAACUGAUUUAACAAAAGCUAAUUAUAAAUUUACGUGGACCAACAAACAACAUACAGCAUUUGUAACAUUGAAAGAAGCAUUAUUAACAGCACCUGUCCUGCGUCUACCAGAUUUUAAUUUAACAUUCAUCGUGGUAACUGAUGCCUCUGCUAUUGCUGUCGGUGGUGUAUUAAUGCAGAAUGAUGGUGAAGGUGAACGACCAAUAGCUUAUGAAUCACGUAAAUUAAACGAUGUUGAAUCUCGUUAUCCGGUGCAUGAACAAGAAUUAUUUGCUAUAAUUGUUUGUUUACGUACAUGGCGAUGUUAUCUUGAAGGUAUGCAAUUCAUUAUACGUACAGAUCAUAAAUCAUUGCAAUAUAUUUCAACUCAAAAGCACCUGUCACGUCGAAUGGUUCGUUGGGUCGAAUAUCUUCAACAAUUCAAUUUUAAGAUCGAAUAUAAAUCCGGAAAAGAAAAUGUCGUUGCUGAUGCAUUAUCACGAUUAUAUACAUCACAGUUGGUUGUAAUUGAAAACAAUCAGAAUUUAGAUUGGCCUUUAUUAAUUCCACACUAUUUACAACACAAACAAUUUAGUGAUGAUAUACCAAAUGAAAUUAAAGAAUUAAUCAAAAAAGAAAUACAUUUAUUUAUUUAUGAUGAUUCUCACGAAACAAUAUUUCGCAAAUUAAAUGACGAACAAACAGCUCCAUAUAUACCAUUUAUUUCACGAUUAGAUUUAGUUCUUAAAAUGCAUGAUGCAUAUGGGCAUAUCGGAGUUGAUGGUAUGCAAGAAUUAUUACGAACAAGAGCAUGGUGGCCCGGAAUGAAUAAUGAUAUCAAGCAAUGGAUAAAAACAUGUACUAAAUGCCAACUUACUACUUGUGGUAAAACAACAACAGAACCAUUACAUCCUUUAAUUCCGGUACCUGCUUUUCAUCGUUGGAGUCUCGAUUUUAUUGGUCAACUGCCUACAACACUUAAUGGUAAUCGGUGGAUAUUAGUUGCAAUCGAUCAUACAACAAAAUGGCCAAUCGUCCAAGUUGCUCAAAAUGCCAAACAUGAAAUUGUUGCUAAAUUUGUGUAUGAAGAAAUUGUUCUUAAUUUUGGUUGUCCAACAGAAAUAAUUACGGAUCGAGGAACUAAUUUUACAACGACAAUGUUAAAUUCUUAUUUUAAAUUGAUCGGUAUCAAACAUAUUUUAACAUCUGCUUAUCACCCACGAUCUAACGGUGUUAUUGAAAGGUUUAAUCGUCUAUUCGGUGGUAUGCUAGCUAAAUAUGUAGGUGAUGAUAAUAUUAAUCAGUGGGAUGAAUAUGUUAAUCGUGCAUUAUUUGCUUGCCGAGUCCGACAACAUCAUGCUACUGGUAAAACACCAUUUUAUAUGGUAUAUGGGGUCGAAGCAAAAUUACCAGGUGAUGAACUAAUACCUAUUAUUAACGACGAUGAACAUAAUAACAUCACAUCUCGUGUACAACAAUUAAAUCAAUUAGUUCAACAACGUGAUAUUGUUCAUCAACGUCUUAAUUCAAAUGCUAUCAAGAUGAAAACUUAUUAUGACUGUCGAUUGAAACAUCAUCAUGUUGAUCAAUUGCAACCGAAUGAUUGGGUUUUAAUACACAAUGAAAACAGAAAAAAAUUCCAACCUCACUGGAUUGGUCCAUAUAAAAUUAAAAAGAUCUGUCCUUUAGGAACAUAUCAACUUGAAGACGUCAAAGGACAAGUCAAAUUAGAUUUAGUACAUCGUGAUCUAUUAAAGCGAGCUUAUAUCGAUUCUAUACCAACACAGCAAUGUAUUUUAAAAGAAAAACAAAUUGAAAGUUGGCAGGAUUUUCGAACAAGUAUCACGAAUUUCGAAAAUGAUAUUGAACAAAAAUAUGAAAAUAUUGAAGAAAAUCGAACAAAAAUUCUUAAUGAUUAUUGUCAAAUCAUUGAAGAUAUUGAUAAUGAAAUGGAUAAAUAUUUUUCAUCUGCAUGUCGACCAGCAACAAAAUGUGUUGUUGAACGUAUACCUCAAUUUAAAGAAGCUACAGCAGUAAUGGCUUAUUAUUUUCCAGCAGCAUUUGAUGGUAAAACACCAGGAACAUUUUUUGUAAAUCUUCGUAAUAUUAAUGAAGUAGUUAAAUUUAAAAUGAAUACAUUAGCUUAUCAUGAAGCUGUUCCAGGUCAUCAUUUUCAAAUAAGUGUGGCUCAAUCACUUAAACAUUUACCAUUUUUUCGUCGCAUCAUUCCUUUUACUGCUUAUUUGGAAGGAUGGGCCUUGUAUACAGAACAAUUAGCAGCAGAAAAAGGUUUUCAUAAAUCAUGGUAUAGUUAUCUUGGAUAUCUUGAUGCUCAACUUUUCCGUUCGUGCCGACUUGUUAUUGAUACUGGCAUUCAUUGGAAACGAUGGUCACGUGAACAAGCCAUUGAUUAUAUGAUCGAAAACACAUGCAUGAAAAAGGAAGAAAUUAUUACAGAAGUUGAACGAUAUUUUGUAUAUCCUGGACAAGCAUGUGCUUAUAUGGUUGGUUGUCAAGUGAUUUUAUCAUUACGAGAAAAAGUACAAAAAGCACUUGGUGAUAAAUUUGAUUUAAAAGAGUUUCAUGAUGUGAUUUUAUUGAAUGGAUCAAUGCCACUGAAUAUAUUAGAGAAAAUAAUUGAUGAAUUUAUUAAAACAAAAGAGAAAGACAUGUGA